UAAAAAAAUAGGGCGGAACCUAUUCCAGCCUAAAGUUUGCGUGUCAUGUGGCGAAAAUAUCGCGAGACCGUGACAACUUCCUUUUUGCGCGGAACCAGAGAACAAGAUGUCCCUCGUCAUCCCAGAGAAGUUCCAGCACAUUCUUCGUGUCCUCAACACGAACAUUGAUGGAAGACGUAAAAUCGCAUUUGCCAUCACUGCUAUUAAGGGUGUUGGAAGGCGAUAUGCCCAUGUGGUCCUGAGGAAAGCUGAUAUUGAUCUAAAUAAGAGGGCUGGAGAACUCACUGAGGAUGAGGUUGAAAGGGUGGUGACAAUUAUGCAGAACCCUCGCCAGUACAAAAUCCCAGACUGGUUCCUGAACAGACAGAAGGACAUUAAAGAUGGGAAAUACAGCCAGGUCCUUGCUAAUGGUCUGGACAAUAAACUGAGAGAAGAUCUGGAGAGGCUGAAGAAGAUCAGGGCUCACCGUGGUCUCCGUCACUUCUGGGGUCUCCGUGUGCGUGGUCAGCACACCAAAACAACUGGUCGUCGCGGUCGCACUGUGGGUGUGUCCAAGAAGAAGUAAAUUUACAAAUAAAGGAAAUCAUUCAGUCA